UCAAAGCUCCUGGACAGCGAAGUCAAAGAUUGCCCAUGGAGGACGCCAGUCAACCACCCGUUGCGGUGGUAUGCGUCGGCAUGGCAGGCUCUGGCAAAACAACUUUUAUGCAGAGAAUCAAUGCACAUCUACAUGAACAAUCAACGGAAGCACCGCCGUACGUCGUCAACCUGGAUCCAGCAGUCAGAAGCGUCCCUUUCGACUCCAACAUCGAUAUUCGCGACUCGGUCAACUACAAGGAAGUGAUGAAGCAGUACAACCUUGGACCCAAUGGCGCCAUCCUCACCAGUCUCAACCUAUUCAGUACCAAAAUCGAUCAAGUCAUGGACAUUCUCGAGAAACGCUGCUUACCCCAGCCCAACUCGCAAAACAAGGCAUUGCCUGGUCAUAUCAUUGUUGACACACCAGGUCAAAUCGAAGUUUUCGUCUGGUCAGCUUCCGGAAACAUUCUCCUUUCAUCUCUGGCUUCCAGCUUUCCCACUGUUCUCGCGUACAUUAUCGACACUCCAAGAACGACGGAGAACACCAGCACAUUCAUGUCGAACAUGCUAUAUGCUAUCAGCAUACUCUACAAGACCAAGCUUCCCAUGAUCCUCGUCUUCAACAAGACAGAUGUCAAGUCCGAGGAGGAAGCGGUGGACUGGAUGCGCGAUUUUGAAAAGUUUCAGGAAGCCGUUCACGCGGAGGAGGAACACCAGCGUGAGGGAGGCGGUUACAUGGGACCACUACUGAACAGCAUGAGCCUUGUGCUGGAGGAGUUCUACAAUCAACUCUCCGUGGUCGGUGUAUCAUCGAUGACUGGCGAUGGUGUCGAUGACUUCUUCGCUGCGGUAGAAGAGAAGAGAGUCGAGUUCGAGAAGGAUUACAAGCCUGAGCUCAUACGUCGGAGGGCAGAGGCUGAGGAGCAGAAGUCACAGAUUCGCGAGCAGGAAGUCAAUCGAAUGAUGAAAGAUAUGAACGACGACGAUGAUGACGAUGAAGGACUGGUCGAUCCGGAUGUAGAGGACGAAGCGGAGAUUGACCAGGCAUUUGAGGAAGGGCUUAAGGCGCGGUAUGAAGCUGCUCUCAGAGAUGGCAGCGCUGCGGCGGGUCCAAAUUCUGCAGCAGAAUACAUUCGCAACAGCCAGCGAUGA